AUGGCCUCCCCGCAGCGGAGCGCGGCGCAGCGCGGCGCGGCGCUCCCAGCCCUAGGGCCGCAUGGGUUCCAGGCUUUUCUGUCCUGUCUCUUGAUGUCGGACAGACAAGUGAGGCCCGAGCGAGCACCCCAGAUUGACUCCUCCUCACUUGUAAAAGGCUCCCAAGGUGGAGAUGGGGUAGAGGCAGAGGAGGAGCUCCCUGAGGAGCUGGUGGUUCAAGUGGAUGGCGGAUGCCUGAAGGUGACCGGCCAGCGGCAACUGGAGGGCUGUGACCCGGAUGGGAGCGGCUUCCGCGUGGCGCAGAAGGUGCACCAGCAAAUGUCAUUACCACCGGACCUGGAUCCUGCCGCCAUGACCUGCUGCCUGACCCCGUCUGGCCAGCUGUGCAUCCGUGGCCAGUGCCGGGUGCUGCCUUCCCCUGAAGCCCAAACAGGACCCGCCUCGAGACUCAGGAGCCGUGCCUCUAAGAAGGGUUCCAAACUAGCCUGACCCAGUAAACCACCACCGUAGUGAGAAACA